AACUAAGCCAAAGCUACAGUGUGUUAACAGUUCAGUGUGGGCUUAUUUUGUCUUCUUCUCUUUUAGGUCAUUUUCCUUCACGGAUUGGGAGAUACUGGGCAUGGAUGGGCAGAAGCCUUUGCAGGUAUCAGAAGUUCCCACAUCAAAUACAUCUGUCCACAUGCGCCCAUCAUGCCUGUUACAUUAAAUAUGAAUAUGGCAAUGCCUUCCUGGUUUGAUAUUAUUGGACUUUCACCAGAUUCUCAGGAGGAUGAAUCUGGAAUUAAGCAGGCAGCAGAAAAUGUAAAAGCUUUGAUAGAGCAAGAGGUGAAGAAUGGCAUUCCCUCUAACAGAAUUAUUUUGGGAGGAUUCUCUCAGGGAGGUGCUUUAUCUUUAUAUACUGCUCUUACUACACAGCAGAAACUGGCCGGCGUCACUGCGCUCAGUUGCUGGCUUCCACUUCGGGCUUCAUUUCCACAGGGUCCUAUCAAUAGUGCUAAUAGAGACAUUUCGAUUCUACAGUGUCAUGGAGAUUGUGACCCUUUAGUUCCCCUAAUGUUUGGUUCUCUUACUGUUGAGAAACUAAAAGCAUUGGUAAACCCAUCCAAUGUAACCUUCAAAAUCUAUGAGGGCAUGAUGCACAGCUCAUGUCAGCAGGAAAUGAUGGAUGUCAAGCAGUUCAUUGAUAAACUCCUACCUCCAGUUGAUUGACGUCACUAAGAGGCCUUGUGUAGACGCUCACCAGCAGCACUGUAGUAGAGUGUAAACCUUCUUUCUUGCCUGAUCUUAAAGCUUCUAAUGUUUGCAGUAUUAAAAUGUUUUUCAAAUAUAUACCAAUGAUACAGACUAAAUGAUCAUGGGAAAUGAUCCUUUUAAGUUUCUAUACAUACAUCUGUUUUAUACAAUCCAGAAUAUGCUGGGAUUAAAGUAGAUGAAGAGAUGCAGCUAGUUUCUUUUUCUCAAAGUGAUUCAGCAAAAUAAAAUACCACAACCAGAGUUUUAUUACAUCAUUUGAAAAGGACUAGUGUGCUCCUGAAAAUCUGUUGAGGUCUAACAAGCUGCUGAGAUAUCUGUAUGUGACUUGCUAUGCUGUGAGUGACUAUGGCUCCACUCCACACUCUUUAGUUGCUGUGCAGGGUCUGUAUUUUAUAGGUGUAUUCACGUAUAUGUGACUGUAACACACAAGAAUUAGAUUCUAUUACAUUCUCCCUGAUACCAGGCACAAUGCUAGCAAGUGUCAGAAAAGUAAUACUGCUUUUUUCAAUUAAUGGCCCUUUUAUUGGGGAACCAGGCUGUUCUUUUCCUUCUACUUAAUUUUUCUCCUCUUAAGAAACAAAGUUUUUGUUUCUUGAUUUUUUUAAUAGAAGGCCAAUAUUGCCUCUGCCAUAAAAACCUGUUGAUAUAUACUAUAAUCUGACACUCUGAAUCACAGACAUACAGUAUUUUAAAUCUAAGUAAUCUGAAAAGAAAUCAAACAUUACUUAGACUUACAUACUUCAAAUAACUGCACCUUAGUCCAUCUUUAGACUAUAGAGUUGCCAGAAUCUUCAGUCCUGAUAAUAAUUCUGUGGUUUUAUUUUUCUGUAAAAAACUUAAAGGGUAAAUAAUAUCUUGGCAUGUUCACAAAUAAAUAUUUAAGACCAGUUUUGAAGUCUAAUUUCUAAAACAGUUACAUAUUAUAGCAAAGUUUAAAGUUUACAUUUUCUGUACAUAUGUUAUGCUUGAAACCAAAUACUGUUCAAGAUGAGCAAUCAGAAACUUAUUUUUAACUGGUAACUAAUUUGAAUUUUCAUCUUAGUUUUUGAGAAUUAGUCUCCUGUACAAACAUUAAAAUAGCAAUCAUUUGGUUUUAAAUCAACAUGUCCAUAAUACUGGUGAAAAUUAAAUUAAUUUAUGGGUAAUAAAGACUAAUUAGAAUCUAUAUAAAUAUCUAUAUAUACACAGUUGAAUAUGUUGCAAAAAUUAUGGUCAUUUCUGAACUGUUACUUUUCCUGCUGUUUCCAACUGACCACGACCAUGCUAAGAAGCAUCAUUAUAAACAGGUGCUAACUGAUAUGGAGAUCAUUUGGUGUGGACUAGAUAGGAUGUUAAUAAUGAAGCCAUACACUUAUGUCUAGAUUUAAAACAAUUUCAAUCAUUUACUAUUUUGUUUUACUUUGAAGAACAUAAACUUGCUUCAGCUGUACCAUCAGUAAAAUUUUAUUUGUGGUAAGAAAUAUUUCAUUGAAUUCUUGUGCUGUAAUGUGGGAAAAUGUCAUGUUUUUCAUAGUUUCUAUCAAUGUGAAAUAAAACUUAAUUCUGGCUUUCUUGGA